AGCAUACGGAGUUCGAGUACAUCUACAUACCAAAAGCAUCAACCCAUGAAUAUCAUCCCACACCAACAUGGAAGAAACCGAACCAGUCCAAGCUCGACCUCUCAUCAACUACGUCGUUGGCUUUCUGCUCAUCGGUUUGGCAUGGGGCUUCACAACCCCCUUCAUCCGACGUGCCGCAGUCCAUCACAAGCCUCCACCACAUCCUAUUCUCGAGACCCCUUCCAUUCAAAAUAGCUGGAUAAAGAGCAAAGUCUACGGAGCUUUCUUUGGCGUCACCGACUUGUUGAGGAAUUGGAGAUAUGCUUUGCCCCUGGUGAUCAAUUUAACUGGGAGUGUUUGGUUCUUCUUGUUGAUUGGUCAGGCUGGUAUGUGUUUUCGUUCCCUGCUUUUCCCUCCGAUUUAUUGCCUUGAAGAGUGUGAAACUGGAUUCAAAGGAUAUUGUCGACCUUGAAAAGUUUGGAGGCGAUUCUGGCUAACCCACAACCACAGAACUCAGUCUCACAGUCCCAAUCACCAAUUCCUUGGCCUUCCUCUUCACAGUGCUAGGGGAAUGGUGGGUAGAAAAGAAAGUGAUCUGCAGAGGCGAGUUCUCAAUCGUAUUCUUCAGUACCAAUUACUAACAAAGUAUGAAGAUACUUGGAUAGGAAUGACCUUGUCGCUUGUAGGAAUAGCUCUCUGUGUACAGAGCAAAAACACUUAGAUCUACUAAUGAAGUACAAAAAUUCUUCGCUCAAUGAUUCAUAAAUCCUCGCUUGAAAUGCACA